AUGGAAGCCGCCUUUCGUGAAAGGAUCAGCCGGUUCGAUAUACCGCCCCGGGGACUGGCGGAACACGCCAGAGCAUAUGCAAAGAUUAAGGGUGAAUCGCAAGUCGAGGACGCAGUUGACCAAAUUGUUAAAAUUAUUACUACAUCGUCCGGGGACUGUGGCGAGGACUUUGAAAACAGACCAGAUAUUGACAAGUUGAGAAAACUCUUUUCUGAUGUCGUUCUGUCCACGCUUCAAGAUGACCGCCAAAAGUCGCGUUGGGAAAGAGAGAAAAUUGAAGAUACUAUGCUGAAGCGUACACAAGGAGAUAAUAUUUUGUUGGAGAAAGAGAACAGGAUCAUGAGCGCCAUGCUCAGUGAGUUAGAGUCAAACAAGGUCGAGCAAUCUACAGGGGCUGAGAAGUCUUCUGAGACUGAGAUGAUUACGAAAGCUCACGGUACAGCUGAUGGACAGUCCUGGAGAAACAUGGCCAACUUUACCUACUGGUCCCAUUUCUUGUCUCCUAGUAGGGUCGACGAAUAUGUCUUUCCAAAGCGUGGUCCCGAACUACGCAAGAUCGUGGCCGACUUUGAAAAUGGCCCAAAUCUCAUCCUAGCCCAGGAAACAAAUAUGUGGAAGGACUUGGUGUCGAAUUUCGAAAGGACACAACGGCAACUAGCAAAGGCAAGGGAAGAGGCCGUCCAACAGGACUGGGAACUGGACAGAUUGCGAACUGAGGUCCAGCAAUUUCGCGACAGUGACAUUGCUUGUUAUCGAAAGUGGGUUCAAGACCUAGAGUCGAAGAGUCUUAGCUUGUGGAUGUGGACCGACUCUUUGGAAGAAAGGCUGGAAGCUAAGGACCUAAAACUGGGCGUGCUGGAGGUCAUGAUGCCCACUCCAGGGGCCAAGACCAAAACCGACGUCGGUAAUGAAACCAAGACGGAAGAUGAUGGAAAGGUUGAGAAAGAAAGGAUCACAAAUCACAAGAGAAGAACCCAUAUAUUGCAUUGGAGAUUCAUGGCAUCGGUCAAGGUAUUCAACAAAUGCCAAGAAAUCAUCAAAAAGGCCAAGAUGGAAACCGAACUUCACUCGCUGCUCAACGAGAUCGAGGAAACAAGGGAAUGGGCGGCAGAAUCCCUUCGACAAGCCUGGAAGCGACCGGCACGAAAAGCGGUUCGGACACUGAGCGACGCCAUCGAUGUCUACGACUUGUGUUUGCAUAAAGUCGAGUUCGAGCUGGUGAAGUCUGGGUUCGAGCCCGUGAGGCCAGCACGGGAUCAGCUUCCCUCGGUAUUUAAGCGCCAUCUCGACUGGGUCAAACCCGAAGAUGCGGACUUUAUCUCGCCAGCCGAGAAAGCCGAGAAUAAGCAGAUCGAAGCUUCGAUGGCCAGCAAGAGCAAACUGGACCAGCUGGAGGGAAGCAUACAGAGUUUCAUGUCCAAAAAGUUCCGAGAGCUAGACAACAAAAAUGGGUGGGAAAAGGAGUUGGUGCUCAAGGAACUAGCUGCGAUCAAGGAUCUGCAUGCAAUCGACCGUGCUGAAAACCAGCCGGCGCCCGCGUAUCCGGGACUCCCAGAUCGACUGGACCAGACUUAUGCUGCGAAACCUGGUACGGAUGCGGGGGCCAUAGCCCGGGAGUUGAGGAGACUGGGGGGCACUUGCCGGAACUUCGAAUUCUGGAUGCCUGUGACGAAGUUGAGAAUCCCUCAGGGGCUGUUGUUCCUCGGUGUCCUGACGACUCUCAUGUACCUUGUCGUGACGUGGGCCAUUCAGUACAACCUGCGAGCUGGCUGGCUGAGCGCAAAUGCUUAUUCCCGAGCUCUGUAUCAUGACGUUGAUGCUCGGGUAUCGGAGUUGACGCGUGCACUGAGCUGGAGCAAUGCUUCAGCACAGUGA